GGCCAACACCGGAUAUGUCGUUGAAUUUGACCUUUUUCCGCUGUUCACGUCUGACAUGUAGCUGUUCACCUUUUUGCUAUCUAACGGGAGAUUCGUUUACUUUUCGUUUUGAAUGGUUUUACAGACUACUACCAGAGGGAACGAUGGUGAAGUAUUUCUGCUGUGCAGGCCUUCUGAAAUGUACAUGGGACCAAGCUUGCGUUGCAUACUGGCAACGCUAUCCCAACCCUUACAGUAACCAUGUUUUAACGGAAGAUAUAAUUUUCCGAGAGGUUACGCCAAGCAACUGCCUCAUUUCCAGACGUCUGAUGACCAAAACUAGCAGGGCUCCUCGCUGGAUGGAGCGGUACCUCCCCAAACACAUGUCCAGCUUGGCAUAUGUCAUCGAGGAUUCCAUAGUGGACCCUCACAAAAGGACCAUGACCACCUUAACUUGGAACAUUACCCAUGCCCGCCUCAUGUCUGUGGAGGAGCGGUGUGUUUAUGGGAUUAAUUCUGAGAACAGCAACUGGACAGAAAUAAAGAGAGAGGCUUGGAUCUCCUCUAAGGUCUAUGGGCUUUCCAGAGCUAUUCAGGAAUUCGGCCUUGCACGAUUUAAGACCAGUGCAACAAAGACCAUGAAAGGCUUUGAAUAUAUCUUGGCCAAAAUGCAAGGUACAACAUUGUGAAACUCCAUCGAGGACCUUGGCAGAAACUGCUACAGAACGGGCAAGAGGAACAGCUUUGGCUGCCAAGGAGAAAGCUAAAGACCUUGCCUCUCAAGCCCAAAAGAAACAAUAUGUCUGAUAUCAGGGGUACAAUCUUGGCAGAAAAGUUACUGUUAUCCCCCCCAAUAGUCCAAAUAAGUAUUGGGGGAGAAAGAGGGGAGGGGGAUUUUGUUCUAGGCCAACACCUCCAGAAGGCUUAAAGAUGGUUGGACCAUGACAGCUAGAGCUGUGUUCCAAUUUCCUUGCCCCGUAGUUACUUCUAUCUACAUUCUUGACAUCAAAGGUCUUCGUGUUGUUCAGAUACGAACAUCACAUCGAUUUUGAAUGUUGUAAUCGAACCCCAAAUGUAUGAUUUAUGACGUGUAAAGCUUACUCGCGCUUAACAGCAUUUUACAACCACGCUUAAAUUACUUUUAAUUUAUAUCAAUUUACAAUCUUGUUUUUGUUUGUAUAUAGUUUUAAUCUAUACAGUCAUUGUUUUGUUAUAUUUAAUCUGAAGUUAACUUGAUUCAGCUUUCCAUGCAAAAAGUUUUUUCCUUGCUUCAAAUUGAAGUGUGAUUACUCCUCCACAUAAUGGUUAACCCUCCUGAUUUCUAUCACACAAGUACGGCCUUUUGAAUCAAGUCUGGACCCACAUCAGUACCCAAAUGUGUGACGGACCAGAAUGCAGAAAAUGUCUCUAUUCCUAGUAGAUUUGUAUGUCAUGAAAACAGUUACCUUGUUUACAUCAACUAUCACAGCUAAUGCAUACACAUGUACAUGUAUGCUCUUGCUCCUGCAAUUGCUUGAUAAUGUCAAUAAAUAUAAAUUUUGCUAUUAA